UCAGCUCAGAAAGCUUCCAAUGGUUGCAAAUUAAACGUUCUGCUGAACGCGGCCAAUGUCAAUGAGAUUUCGCUCUAAACGUAAAAUAAUGAGUGCUGCAGAUACUGAAUAUAUCAAUAUGGUAACAUCAUAUUGGAAUAACGGCAACUUCGGCAUGUUCUAAUUCAAACGAGAAGAUAAGCAAUCGGUUGCUCCGAGUCCCGCUUUCAACGACAGUCAUGUCACCGUCUCGUGACUCAUAUGUUCGUAUUUAAAGUAUCGCGAGUGAAUAAACAACGAACUAUCUUAUCAGAGAGCACAAAAGUUCUGUUCCACUCACCGAUACUGCACAGUUAUCUUCGCAUUGAGCUCGUCGCCGGAACGUAACGGACGCCGCAACCUUCACGACGAUGUCCCGAUUAUCGUAUACGUACAGGGGUCUUAUUGUCCCGGUAUUCACACCUUUCACUAAAGAUGGAUCUCUUAAUUUGAGCAUCGUAUCUCGAUAUGGGAAUUACUUGGCAGAGAAAGGAGUGAAAGGUAUACUUGUCAAUGGUUCAAGCGGUGAAGGAACAUUAAUGUCGGUUAACGAAAGAAAACUUAUCGCUGAAGCCUGGGUAAAGGUGGUCAAAGAAACGAAACAACACUUGAUGAUUCAAGUAGGAGGUGCUUCUCUUCCUGAUGUCAUUGAGCUUGCAAAACAUGCGGAAAGUCUACAUGUAGAUGCCAUUCUCUGCUUACCGGAGUUGUACUUCAAGCCCAGCACUCCGGGACAACUGAUUGAAUACUUGGAAAUAAUUGGGCAGGCAGCACCAAAUACACCUCUACUCUAUUAUCACGUUCCCAUGUUUACCAAUGUUAAUAUACACAUGGGACAAUUUCUUGAAUCGAUCGGCGAUAAAAUACCCACGUUUGUGGGUAUAAAAUUCACCAGUGCCAAGUUAGACGAGGGUGCACAAGCAUUACAUGCUGAUAACAAGAAAUAUGUUAUUUUCCUUGGUAAUGAUCAGUUAAUGAAUGCUGCUUGUGCAUUAGGAAUGGAUUCUUUCAUAGCCACCAGCAUAAACAUAUUUCCAGAACUUACAAUAGAUCUUGUUGCUGCCAGCAAGAAUAAUGAUACUCUGAAAGCUAAAAAGAUGCAAGAGAAGCUUUCAAAUGCUAUACUUGCUAUAGCAAAAUAUGCUAAUUGGGUGGAGUGUAUGAAAACAGCAAUGGUUCUUCUUACUGACAUUGAUGUAGGACCACCUCGUAAACCUCUUAAAUGUCUUCCUUCUGAUAUUUUAGAAAACAUGAAGACAGAUUUAAUAAAAUUAGGAUAUGAACUUACGAUGAAAUAUAACAAAGAAUCAACAGUUUUAUAGUCUCCAAUAGACAUAUGUAAGCUAUAUAGCUUAUGUUACUAUUUUGUUUCUUGUAUAUUGAUUACAGAUUGUAUAUAGAUUAAGAAUAUAAUAUAUAUAUAUAUAAUUAUGUAAAAAUAUAGCCACCAUAGAAAGAAAGAGAAAGAGGGAAUAUAAGAAAAAAGAGGAAUCUUAUAUCUAUUUUAUGAAAAGCCUAAAAUAAAUAAAUUAAGAAA